AUGAAGUUUUUCGAUAAGAAGAGAGAUUUGGUGACAUUUCAAGAUGGCGAUCAAAUCGCUGGAGUGGAUGACACGGAACAAGGUUACUUAGAAGAAGCUUUUGAUCAGGACUAUGAACCUGAAGAUGAAGAUGAACGUGAUUUCAACCUACGAGAUGAUGACUAUGAAUCAGACGACAAUUUGGGUGAUGAAGGCAAUGAAGAGGAAGAACCGCCUAUUGUGGCCGAUUUGAAUCACCAUCAAGAAAAUGUCGAUAGAGGAACCGAUGAUAUUGGGAGCCUCGUUAAUGAUCUGGAGGAUCUACAAGAACCGCCAGAAGAAGAGAUUGUAUUUGAGCCUGAAAGGCCUCAAGUAGUAAAAGUCACUCGAUCUGGGCAAACGUAUGCGCAAGCUGCAAUGUCUGGGCUGAACAUUUCUCAAGUUCCAAAGAAACCAAGAGAAUGGCCUUUGAGCAGGAGUGGCAUUUCUGCCAAUAAGAACAAGAAUCGAGUUGCAACAAGACGCAAGCAUCGAGAGAGGGAAUCAAAACCGUUGAAGAACAAGUUGAAAUCUGGUAUUCGUACCAAAGUACUAAAGACAGUAAAGCUAUCCUUGAAGCACAGCACAAUCUAUGUUUCCAACAGAUUGGGAAUGAGAUGA